AACGGAGUCAAAGCAGCGUGGUGGAUUUAUCUUUGAGGUGUCGCAAUAUGUAUAAUUGUUUUGUAUAUAAAGAGAUGACUAUUAAACCAUUUAACUAUCACAAUUUCCAGUUUUAUCAAAAAUAAAAAAGAACGACUGCAAAAGCGCUCUUGGAAUUCAAUGAGUAUCAUUCCCAUUACUCUUUCUUUGCUCUUAUUUAUUUUUAAUUCUCAGAAACUAUUUUCCGCUGCUACAAGAAUCUUGUGUCGUCCAAAUCAGAGAGAUGCACUUCUGGAGUUCAAAAAUGAGUUUGAGAUUGGCAAACCUUCUCCUUUCUGUAUCAUUGCUCAUCCGAAGACAUUGUCAUGGGUGAAUAACAGUGAUUGUUGUUAUUGGGAUGGUAUCAAGUGUGAUGCUAAGUCCGGGGAAGUUAUUGAGCUAAACCUUAGUUGCAGCAGCGUCCGUGGCCGGUUUCAUUCUGAUAGCAAGAUUUUAAAGGUUCAAAGCCUUCGUGGUCUCGACCUUUCACGUAACAAUUUCAGUGGCCAAAUACCAUUUUCAGUUCAAAAAUUGUCUCAUCUUACCAGACUCGAUGUUUCCAGAAAUUCUUUUAGUGGUUCAAUUCCUCCGUCCAUUGGAGACAUUCCUAAUCUCCAUUUUCUUGACCUCUCUCGUAACAAAUUUGUUAGUAAAAUCCCAUCUUCACUUGGAAGUCUAUUGCACCUCACCUCUCUGGACCUCUCAAAUAAUAGUUUUUUUGGAGAGGUCCCAUUUUCAUUUGGAAAUCUCUCUAAUCUCAUUUCUCUUAACCUCUUUGAUAAUAACUUUGAGGGUAAACUUCCAUCUUCACUUGGAAAUCUUUCUCAUCUCAACUUUCUUGACCUCUCUGUUAACAAUAUUGUUGGUGAAAUCCCAUCUUCGCUUGGAAAUCUUUCUAAUCUUGUUUUUCUCUACCUCCAUUAUAAUAAUUUUUCUGGUGAAAUUCCAUCUUCACUAGGAAAUAUUUCUCAUCUUACCUAUCUCACCCUCUCUUUUAACUAUUUUACUGGUGAAAUUCCAUCCUCUCUUGGAAAUCUUUUUUAUCUCAAAAAUCUCAUCCUUUCUCAUAACAGUUUUUUUGGUGAAAUACCGCCUUCUUUUGGCAGCUUGAGCCACUUGGCCUUCUUAGAUGUUGAGUCCAAUAAACUUAGUGGUAGCUUCCCUCUUGCACUACUAAAUCUGACAAAACUGUCUAUUUUAUUCCUCUCCAACAAUCUGUUUUCAGGCGUGCUUCCUUCUUUCAAUAAUAUAUACCCAUCAUCUAAACUAAAAGAGUUAUACAUAGACAGUAACAACUUCAUAGGACCAAUCCCCAUUUCCAUUUUUCAAUCGGCCAGCCUUGUGAGAGUCCACCUUGGUAAUAACCGCUUCAGCGGAAAACUGCCUGAAAUAUUUUUCAAUAGCAACAACCUAAGGUUCCUCCAUCUUGGUAAUAACCAAUUAGUGGGAAAACUUCCGAGAUCUUUGUCUAGCUGUUCGUCUUUGGAGGUUCUAAACUUAGAACACAACAGAAUUAAUGACACUUUUCCAUUUUGGUUGGAAUCCUUAAGAAAUCUACAAGUGCUGGUCCUCCACUCUAAUGAGUUUCAUGGGUUGUUACAAUAUCAUCCGAACGGACCGAACGUUACUCCUUGGUUCCCUCAGUUGCGAAUAAUUGACAUAUCAUAUAAUUACUUCGCUGGAACUUUACCACCUGAUUUUUUCAUGUAUUGGAGAGCAAUUUUCUCAAAGGGAAACCAUUCAGAAUUGAAUUACGUUGGAGAUCGUUACUAUGAUCAAGACUCGUUGGCUUUGAUGAAUAAAGGACUAAAGAUCAAGUACAGAAGGAUCCUCACGCUCUUAACGGCCAUUGAUAUUUCGGGAAAUAUGCUCCAAGGAAACAUCCCUAAAUCCAUUGGCCAAGUGAAGAAUCUUAUUGUACUCAAUCUGUCAAGCAAUGGUUUCAGUGGACACAUUCCUUCAUCUUUGGCAAAUCUGACUACACUCGAGUCUCUGGACUUGUCCAAUAACAAACUUUCAGGCCAAAUUCCACCUUCUCUUGGAGACCUAACAAGUCUUUCAAACAUUACGGUUUCCCACAACCAGCUCGUUGGUCCGAUACCUCAAAGCACACAGUUUCAGACGCAAGAUGCUUCAUCUUUUGAAGGUAACGUGGGACUUUGCGGUCAUCCUCUCAACAUAACAUGCGGAGUCACAGACACAGGGAAAUCAGAAGAACCCGAAACCACCGAAGAAGAAGACGAAGAAGAAGAAGAAGUAUUGAGCUGGACUGCAGCUGUCAUUGGCUUAGCACUUGGAGUCGUCUUUGGAUUGAUUAUUGGGAACGUUGUGAUUUUACAAAAGCCUCAAUGGCUCAUGAAGAUAUCUAGUGUGGUAUGUUGAAUAUCCAACCAACAAUUCU